AUGUAUCCUCUAGGACAACAAGAACAAGAUGAUGGACAAGAAUCACAAUCCCAUACUUAUGCAGCUUCAUCUUUCUCCCAACCGAUGCUGCUAUACACAUCUAUACCCAAUAGUAUUUUGGAUCCCGAUAAUCAAAAUUCCAUUGGGAUUACGUAUUACGAAAACCCAUAUGAGUUUUACGUUUAUUUACGCUCAAAAUUCAGCGAACUAGUACAAAUGCAAGAUGAAUUACAACGAGUAUUAAAAAAAGAACGCCCACAAAUCACUGAAAUUAGUCAGUACCAACCAGUUGCAGCUUUAGAUGAACACGGUACCUGGAAUCGUGCGAUCGUGACGGAUGUAGAAAAAGGUUCAUCCCCCAUCCGCAUUCGUAUUCUUUUUGUUGAUGUUGGACACUGUGUGUAUGUAUCACGUAACAAUAUCAGACCAUUACCACAAGUUUUUUGUCAAAAAGCAGCAUUUGCAAUACGUUGUCGGUUACAUGAUAUUUGUCCAUUAAAUGGAACAGGAGAAUCACAAUGGGCAUCGAAUGAUCCAUUACACGCGGUGUUUUCGACAUUAAUGCCGCAUUCUGCCACUGCUAUAAUCCGAAAUAUGCAUGAUAAUUUUUCUUAUUCUAUCGAUAUUGAAAUGCCAGACUUAGGUGAUCUAGCGACAUAUCUAGUUAAUGAACGCUUAGCCUCAAAAAUAUCGAUGCGUUCACAACAGCCACCUUACGCUGGCGACCUUAAUUCACACAUAGCUCUGAAGACUCAACAACAAUUACCACAAACAUCAUCGUAUUUGCCUCAUACAAUAUCACAAACUUCUGAGCAACAGCGCCAAACAUUGCAGCAGCAAAAUGUUCAACCAGAACAGCGGAUCUCUCGAUCUCAACAAGCGAAAGAUUUUAACAUGUCAUCGAGAAUUUGUCAGAUACCUACUUGUUUUCCAGAAAAUGGUCCAUACGUAGUGACAUGCAUUUUUAGUCCAACAGAAUUCUAUGCUUGUUCUGACCGUCGAUUAAGAGAAUUAGAAAGAUUAUCAUCUGAACUGGAAAGAAUUUACAGUAAUCAGAAUAUGGAUUUAACAUUGAGUGUGGCAUUAUAUUUGGAAGGUACGGCACGCCGUGAAGGUGAAUCACGUGUACUUGUUCAAUGUGUUGAUCGUGGUGAUCAACUUGUCGUUGAUACGUCCGAGUUAUUGGCAAUUGAUGAAAUGUAUUGUCGUGUUCCACAAUUUGCACAACCAUUUCGAUUACGCGGUUAUGAUGAAAGGCAAAUCAAUGCCAAUCUUACUAGAAAAUUAAAAAAAAUGAUACUGAGUCAACGCGUAAAUAUUAUUUACUAUCAACAGAUGAUAAACAAUUUUUAUCCAGUGGAUGUUUCGUUGCAAGAUGGUCAAUCAGUAAAUCAAUUAUUAUUAUCAAAUGAUCCAUUUGUUUCGCCUGGUAUGGCAGUUCAAUCGGACACACAUCAGCAACAAAGUGCAAAAUACCAACAACAAAAUCCGUCCAGUUCUGCACCACAAAUUCAAUCUGGUGGAUAUGAGCCUAUGAGCAAAGGUACAUUGUAG